UUCCUUAGACAUGCAUGAAAGGGAGUGGGAGAAAGUUAAGAGAGCUGCAGCUGGAGAAGUAGCUGACUUCAGACUUGGACCCCUGCACGCUGAGCUGCUGUGUGUGUGUGAUACUGCAGCUUCAGGAAGGACAGUUUUCAGCGAAAGAGACGAAAAACUCCAUCCAAAAUGCAGGCCACCCAGAACCGACCCUGCUGCACUAUCGUCCUGUUGGUGCUGUUAAAGCUGGCUUAUGCCCAGUACGAGCACCUCGGCUACCCACAGGGCUACCCUGACGCAGAGCAGGAACUGUACACUGCCCCAGAGCUGGCACCAGACACGCCCAGGAUUCAGCUCCGACUGGCAGGAGAUAAGAGGAAACACAACGAGGGCCGUGUCGAGGUGUUCUACAACGGCGAGUGGGGUACUGUCUGCGAUGACGAUUUCACCAUCCAUUCUGCUCAGGUGGUGUGCAGGGAGCUGGGCUACGUGGAAGCCAUCUCUUGGUCGCCAUCCUCAAAAUACGGGAAAGGAGAAGGACCCAUCUGGUUUGACAAUCUCCACUGCACUGGCAAAGAGAAGACCUUGGCUCUGUGUCCGUCCAAUGGGAUCGGUGUUUCGGACUGCAAACACAGUGAAGAUGUAGGCGUGGUGUGCAGUGACAAGAGGAUCCCUGGGUUCAAGUUUGUCAACACGUUGCCCAACCAUGUGGAGAACCUUGACAUUCAAGUGGAAGAUGUGCGCAUACGAGCCAUCCUGUCGUCGUACCGUAAGCGGAUCCCUGUCACAGAGGGCUAUGUGGAGGUCAAGGACGGGGGCAAAUGGAAGCAGAUAUGUAAUGCAGAGUGGACCCAGUUUAACAGCAGAGUCAUCUGUGGCAUGUUUGGCUUCCCCGGGGAGAGGAAGUACAAUGCCAGAGUCUACAAGAUGUUUGCCCGCAGGAGAAAGCCAACAUAUUGGGACUAUUCUGUUAACUGCACUGGCAAUGAAGCCCAUUUGUCCAGCUGUAAACUGGGCCAGACUACAACGCUGAAGUCAAAUGAGACCUGUGCUGGAGGAUUGCCUGUGGUGGUGAGCUGUGUGCCUGGUAGAGCCUUCGCCCCGACGCCCAUGACGGGAUUUAGGAAGGCCUUCCGACAAGAGCAACCGCUGGUCCGUCUCCGGGGUGGGGCCAUCGUAGGCGAGGGCCGAGUGGAGGUGCUGAAAAACGGAGAGUGGGGCACCAUAUGUGACGACCACUGGAACCUGCUGUCUGCCACCGUGGUGUGCCGAGAGCUGGGCUUCGGAACAGCGAAGGAGGCCCUCUCUGGGGGCCGCCUGGGACAAGGCAUGGGCCCGGUGCAUAUGAAUGAGGUGGAGUGCUCCGGAUUUGAGAAGUCCAUAACUGAGUGUACGUUCAACAAGGAGGCACUUGGUUGCAGCCACGAGGAGGAUGCAGCUGUCAGAUGUAACGUCCCUGCUAUGGGCUUCCAGGAGAGGCUGAGACUGAGCGGAGGCCGUAACCCCUAUGAAGGCCGCGUGGAGGUACUGGUGGAGAAAAACGGCUCUCUGGUGUGGGGGACGGUGUGCGGUGAGGGCUGGGGAACCAUGGAGGCCAUGGUGGUCUGCAGACAGCUGGGCCUGGGCUUCGCCAGCAACGCCUUCCAGGAGACGUGGUAUUGGCCUGGUCAGGUGAGCGCAGACGCUGUGGCCAUGAGUGGCGUUCGCUGCUCUGGAACCGAGAUGUCUCUGUCCCACUGCCUGCACCACGGAGACCACCUGAGCUGCUCCAAAGGAGGUGGACGCCACGCCGCGGGAGUCUCCUGCUCCGAAACGGCUCCUGACCUGGUGCUGAACCCUCAGGUGGUGGAGCAGACCACCUACAUGGAGGACCGGCCCAUGUUCAUGCUGCAGUGUGCCUUUGAGGAGAACUGCCUGGCCUCCAACUCCGGCCAGGUACCGGCCAACUCUUACCGCCGCCUGCUGCGCUUCUCCUCCCAGAUUCACAACAACGGCCAGUCAGACUUCCGGCCUAAAGCCAGCAGAAACUCCUGGGUGUGGCACGACUGUCACAGACAUUAUCACAGCAUGGAGGUGUUCACCCUGUACGACCUGUUCAGCCUCAACGGGACCAAAGUGGCAGAAGGACACAAAGCAAGUUUCUGUCUGGAGGACUCGGAGUGUGACGAGGGUAUUGAAAAGAGGUACGAAUGUGCUAACUUUGGAGAGCAGGGUAUUACCGUGGGUUGCUGGGAUACCUACAGGCAUGACAUCGACUGCCAGUGGGUCGACAUCAGCGAUCUGAAACCUGGAGAUUACAUUUUCCAGAUCGUAAUCAAUCCAAACUAUGAGGUUCCAGAGUCAGACUACACCAACAACAUCAUGAAAUGCAGAUGUCGAUAUGAUGGCCAUCGCGUGUGGAUGUACAGCUGCCAUAAUGGUGGCUCAUUAAGUACUGAAACGGAACAGACGUUCCCAGGCCUCCUCAACAACCAGGUGACCCACAGGUAAAGGCAAAGCAGAGGAGUGGAGUCGACUGGCCGUUCCCUCCAGCAUCAUCUGAAGCCCACCAACCACUACACGUCUCCCUCUGUGCUGGAUUCCUCCUGCCAGCCGUGCCCUGUUCCAGCCAUCACUUUUCAUGUUCCCUUCAUCAAUGAGGCAGCAGCUCUCUUUGACCCACUACCUGCCUCUUUUCAAAGAAAUAUUUGUUUCCCCCUGCAAACAGAGGGAGCUUUGCCAAUACGACCAACCUCCCCGGCUAAGAUCAAGAGAACAGUGAAGCUCUCUGCAUGACCUGUGACUGCAAAACCUGUUUUUCUUUUUAAUGAAUGAUGACAUAAACUUGCCGGUUACUGGGAGGUAUUUUGCACAAGGUGCAACAUCGGGGAAUGUCACAGAGAAUGUGUCCUGUUAGUAAUGCAGCACUUUAACAGAAGCUUGCUGCAGUUUUUUGUUGUUGUUUUCUCCUGGUGGAGAGUUUGGCUGCCUUAAGAGUGACACGAAUCGUCGAUAGUGGCAGCCUGCGUGUGAACAUACAUGCCAGUCUUCAAUAGUUUCACAAAGUACCUUUUACACACUGAAAUCAAGACUCGCUAAAGUUAAACAGUUCUACGGCAUGUCUGUUAUUUAAGCUACAGACCUCUAUCCCCAUCAAGGUUUAUGCAACACCGCCAAGAGCAAAGAACACAUUCAGCAGCUGUUAAAGUGCUAAUUACCGGGUUCAUCUGCAAGACUACUACCAUGGAUCUUAAAAAAGAAAAAGAAAAAAAGGUCAGAUAUGCUCAGAAUGAACCAGACUGUCGUCGCAUUUCAAAGAGUUGCAGUAAGCCUCUGGGGUAGUUGGUCAGUCUCAUUUAAACCAGUCUCAUUUAAAUCAGUAUUAUCUUUCCUGUUUAUGAUAUGUGGAUUUUUUUUUUUGCAUCUGACACUAAUGUGGGACCUCAUGUUCCUUUUUUCCCCCUGUACUUACCUUUGUUUCCCCUCUCACCUGCCGCAGCGCAAGAGGUUUAAUCCAUCAGUUGGUUGUAGUUUCAGGUGCACAGCACUCCACCCAUAGAGGGCAGUGAAACACUUGUAUUAGGCCUGGUGUAUGUCACUGAUUAUACGUAAUGCUUUAUCAGAGCUGUAACAAACCCUCUCCACCAGUCGGUUUGCCCAAAUGUCAAACUGAAGUGAGACCGAAUUGUGUAUUGAAUGAGGGACUUGAAUUGAAACAGUGAAGCUAUAUAAACCCUAUAGUUAUGGGUCCCAGCCACACCAGCAUCUAAAACUGAGAAAUCUCGAUUCGGUCCAGCGACAUCAACGUGACUGAAAAGAAAACUGUGCUAAUUAGUUGCAUGAACUUAAAACUUGAAAUGGUGAAAUUUGCACUGCAUUGCCAAAUUUGUACCGCUGACUACUUGACGGUGUUGAUGACUGAGUGGAUGUGAGGAGCGCUCUAAAAUAGAGGGAGCCACUGUUGCUAAUUCUCUGCGAUGAACCAUCCUGUGUUUAAGUUUGAACAGCUCCACAAACUGGUUUGCAAACAUAUUCAUGAUGUGAUCGGACCUUAAGUCAGUAGCAUCACGUUAGCAGAAAGUGCUAACAGCCACCAUGGUUGCGAGGCAAAAGCUAACUGGCAAGGGGGCUCACACACUACUACUUACAGAACUACUUUCUGUGUUUUCCCUGCUUGCUAAGCCAUACAGCUACCAUUUCUGACUAUUCUCCUCCUUAAUAUGACAUAAUUUAAUAAGAAUAAUAAUGCUUUUAAUAAUUGCUUCAGUCUUCCAGCAGGACUUUGUUACACGAUGAUCACGGGACUUGGUCUGCAGUGACAUGCAGUCAGAUAACGGAUAAAGGCCUCAGUCAUUUCCUCUCACUGCUUCAUAUGUCGCCUUUACAAGAAAAUAUAACUGAUUUACACCCUGUGGUGGACAGACACCCACCCCAGAUUUCAGCAAAGACAUGAGACACUUCCCGUCUUUGAAGUCAGGUUUUUACACGUUUAUUCCUUGUUUUCAAAUAAGUAAGUGUGUACAAUAAUGUGUGUGAAUCCUGUUUUAUUGUACUUUUUGUAAUGGUGCUAUCAAACUGGUCCUCUGUUUUCUGAGGGUACAGUACAUGUUGAACAGCUACAUUAUGUAUACUAACAGUAUACUUGAACUGAGCGUACAAGACAAUGUGCUUUGUGUGUUAAACUAUAAUAAAUUCCCGAGUUACGGAGCAACCAGA